AACCUUAAGUCAAGAGUCUGGAAUGGAUGCUCUUUUUAAAUCAGUGGAGGAGACAGCUGAGCCCUUACAAGCUGAUGUCAAAGGUCAAAUCCCGGAAUGGCUGAAGGGCAGCUUGCUCCGGGUCGGUCCUGGAAAGUUUGAAGUCGGCGGCCAGUCCUACAACCACCUGUUUGAUGGCCUGUGUCUCAUUCACCGCUUCAACAUUGAGGGUUCAAAGGUGACGUAUCAGAACCGUUUUCUGCGGAGUGACUCGUACGUUCUGGCCGAACAACAGAACAGGAUCGUCGUCACCGAGUUCGGAACAAACUCUUAUCCAGACCCCUGCAAGAACAUCUUUUCAAGGGUGUUCUCCUACUUCUGGGACACGUCUGUCCCCUCAGACAACUGCAGCGUGAACCUGAUGCAAGUCCGAGAUGAGAUCUACACCAUGACGGAGACACCGAUGAUGAGGAGAAUUGACCCUCAGACACUGGAAACAGACCAGGAAAAGGUGGACCGUUCCAAGUAUGUGGCCUUGAAUCUGAUGACUGCCCACCCCCACACAGACGCAGAUGGAACGAUCUACAACAUGGCAUCACGUUUUGGAAAAGACGGCCUCUUUGGCCUGGUGAAGAUGCCCCUUCCCGAUGAAGGUGAAAGGAACAACCCAACCCAAAAGGCGUACAUGGUUGCCAGUGUCCCGCAGGAGAAUAAGAUGAGGCCGAGUUACUUCCACAGCUUUGGUCUGACUGAGAACUAUGUUGUCUUCGUUGAACAGCCCAUGUACAUCAACGUGUGGAAACUGAUGUUUUCUAAAUUCAUAUCAGGAAAAGCAGUGUCUGCUGCCAUGGAGUUUGACAGCAGCACUCCGACACGUUUCCAUGUGAUUGAGAAGCAGACAGGGCAGGUGUUACCCACAGUGUACCUGUCUGACUCCUUCUUCACCUUCCACCACAUCAACACAUACGAGGAGGAGGGACACCUAGUGGUGGAUGUCUGUUGUAACGAGGAAGGAGACAGCGUCACCAGCUUGUACCUGGAAAAUCUGAGGGGCGGAGAAGGCACCCUACGUGACAGUAUGAUUGAGGCCAGACGCUAUGUCUUGCCUCUUCAGCCUACUGAGGCUUCUGACCAGGAUAAUCUUGUCAGUCUGGUUGACACGGAGGCUACUGCAGUUCUUCGAGAUGACGGGACUGUUUUCUGUACACCGGAAAAACUUUGUCCAGGCACUGUGGAGCUCCCCCGUAUCAACUACGACCGCUACAACGGGAAGAAAUACCGCUUCUUCUAUGGAAUUUCAGGGCAAAUAGAUCUGCUUGUAAAGGGUGAUGCCCAGACCAAGUCGUCAAAAGUGUGGAAGGAGUCGGGGUGUUACCCCUCCGAGCCUGUCUUUGUGCCGGCACCAGGUGCCACUGCUGAGGAUGAAGGAGUGGUGCUGUCCCUGGUGGUGAGGUCGUUGACCGGUGAGGACCGGGCCGUGUUCCUGCUGGUCCUGGACGGACAGACAUUCAGCGAGCUGGGGCGGGCCGAGGUGCCCAGCCCCGCACAGGCCUGCAUGACCUUCCACGGCAUCUUCCUGCCUCGUCUGUAAAGCCUGUUAGAGGCUAUC